AUGGCUGCUCGAAAGCUAAACACCAUUGAAGACCUAAGCGAAUCGUGGGUGGAGUUGAACUCCGGCAAUGGCUUGGCCGCAGUGGAAAAUGAGUACAUCCGUCUGUUGAGAGAAGCGCAAAGGGAGAGCCGGGACUCCUCGGUGCGUCAUUCCAGAGCGUCCAGCGUUAAGGGCAGUCCAAAGUCUCCGCCGAACAGUCCGAACCUGGAACCGUCUACUGAAGACGAGCUCAAAGGUGUCUACAUUAACUGCUGGAAGGACGACUCCAACGACUGGGUGUGGGAGUGGAGCAGCAGACCUGACCAGUUGCCGCCCAAGGACUGGCGAUUUAAACAUCCCCAGAGCGCCCGAGGGCCACCAUCGGCCACCUCGUCCAUCGAGGUGCUGGAACAGCAACUCGCGGCUCCCGUAAUGCAACAGAGCCACUGUCUGUCCGUCCGUCGCACUUGCCUGUUCAGCCGCGGCGCCAUCGCAGCCGUGUUGGUCACCAACAUCGUGUCGCUGUUGCUGGGCGCCGGCAUUGGUGUGUGGUUGAGCAAGAAAGGAAUGCUGCCUCCCAGACUUAUCAUCUUGAAUUAG